UAAACCGGAAACAUUAAAUGUAAACACUGCGAACACUUGGAGGUGAGGGUGUUUCACCUCAUGCAACAUUAAAAAUGUCUAAAAAUAAAAGAAUAGCGUUGAUAUUUGGAGGAUUUGUAACGGCCGUUGCCGCCGCGUUUUACCCCAUAUUCUUCUACCCGCUCGCGCACAAAGAUGAGUACAGAAGUGUCCAAAAGUCAAACCGGGCAGGAGUCAACCAGGCGGAUGUUCAACCUGUCGGUGUGAAGAUAUGGUCAGAUCCAUUCAAGCCUGCAGGCAAAUGACAACCAGCGACUGCUCCACUGAUCCCACUGACACUGAUGAGGACUUCUAUCAGAGAGCGCCUGUUUGAUGAGUGCUUGGUGUGCGCGUGAGUGAAUGUUUUCCAGAGUGUGUUUGUUUUUUUGGUCGUUAAGUGUUUCCUUAAAUCUUAAAAAUAAAGUGUAAAGCUCAUUCAUCUAAAAAAAAUAUCUAAAUGACUUGUUAAUAUCAGUUUUGCUUUGAUGGGUAUGGUGAUGUGAAACAAAGUAAUCUACACAGAGGGUGACAGACAUGAGACAAGUAGCAUCAUGUUUACUUUCUACUACAAUUCACUUAUCUUAUAAAUCAGGGGUCUUUAAUAUUUUUUAGCUGAAAGAGAGACGGAGCAGGGACCCCUCACUAUGUAGAUUAUAUGAUAUUAUCAGCUAAUAUGAUUGCACAAGGAAUCAUGGGUAACAAUUAGCAUGAAUCUUUGCUUAUAAUAUCUUGGAUCCAUGUUAAUGUGUCUUUCAGUCAGUCAAUGUUCCUGCAGUAACUCUGAGGACCCUCUAGGGGUCGCUGACCCCCUGUUGAAGACCCAGGUUUUAAACGUCCAAGAUGAAGUGUCUGCAGGUCCUUAAAAAGUGUCACAAUGUCCUCAGUUUUAUAAAUAUUAGGCUUUAAAAGACAUUCAAUUGUGGUACAUUUGAAUUUGUGAGGUCUUAAUUGCCACAAACAUUUUAUUUAAUUUCAUUUAUCACCCAUUCUUUCAUGUCCUGCUGAGAAAAACCUUCAAAAUUGUAACUUAUCAACACACUAAAAAACUGUUUUUGGGUGUGAAACAUUAUUUUUAAAGGAUUUAUUUACAUGAAAUAAAUGUGAUUUCUAAAAUAUU